AUGUCUGAACUGAUGAAAAACCCAACAAUACGGGAGAAGGCACAGGCAGAAGUGCGACGAGUGUUUGCGGGGAGGCGGAAGAUCAAUGAGACAGAAGUUCAUAAACUAGAUUACUUGAAAUCAAUUGUCAAAGAAACCUUACGACUACACCCUCCAGGUGGCAUACUCACGAGAGAAUCAAGAGAGAAGCGUGAAAUUGGUGGGUAUGAGAUACCAAGCAAUACAAAAAUAAUCAUCAAUGCUUGGGCUAUAGGGAGAAAUCCAGAUUACUGGAUUGAUGUUGAUUGCUUUCGACCAGAGAGAUUUCUAGGUUCUUCUGUUGAUUUCAGAGGGGCAAACUUCGAGUUCAUUCCAUUUGGUAGUGGUAGGAGGAUGUGUCUAUGUUGGAAAUUUAGAUCUCUCAAAUUUACCUUCCUUAGAAUCUACCAUUUGCAGGAAUAA